UCAAGUUUCUAAACAACUAUGAGCCCAAAACAUAUCGUCUUCAAGAAAAUAUCCAAGGACAAGUCGGUGGGUGUGUAUAUGGGGAAGAGAGACUUUAUUGACCAUGUUGACUCUGUGGAUCCAGUGGAUGGUGUCCUUCUCAUUGACCCUGAACAGCUUAAGGGGAAAAAAGCAUAUGUCACUUUGUCCUGCACAUUCAGAUAUGGAGGUGAUGACAUGGAUGUGCUGGGCAUAGCAUUUAGACGAGAGAUCUACAUAUCCACCCGGCAGAUCUACCCUGCACUACAGGACAAAGAGCAGGGCAUUCUCACCAAGGUGCAGGAUAAACUACUGCGUAAACUUGGUAUCAAUGCCUACCCAUUUUUCUUUGAAUUCCCUGACAACUUACCCUGUUCAGUAGGACUACAGCCAGGCCCAAAAGAUGUUGGAAAGCACUGUGCUGUUGAGUUUGAGAUAAAAGCUUUCUGUGCUGAAAGCCAGGAUGCCAAAGUUCGCAAACGGAGCUCAGUACGUUUGAUGAUCCGUAAGGUCCAGUACGCUCCAGACAAUCUAGGACCAGCUCCCUGUGUGGAGACCACUCGUGACUUUCUCAUGUCUGAUAAACCAUUACACAUGGAGGCAAGCUUAGAGAAGCAGACUUAUUAUCAUGGGGAAACGAUCAAUGUAAGGGUCAAAAUUAGUAAUGACUCCAACAAAAAUGUGAGGAACAUCAUUAUUACUGUGGAACAAAUUGCCAAUGUGGUGCUGUACUGCAAUGACAGUUAUAUGAAGGCAGUUGCCACAGAGGACUCUGGGGACUCUGUUGAUUCUGGUGCCAAACUGGAUAAAGUCUACACUGUGCUCCCUCUACUGGCCAAUAACAGAGAAAGGAGAGGUAUUGCACUGGAUGGAAAAUUAAAACAUGAAGACACCAAUUUAGCCUCUUCAAGCAUCAUCAAAGAAGGUGUUCUGAAGGAAGUUCUGGGAAUCAUGGUGUCUUACAGAAUUGUUGUGAAGCUUAUUGUUGGAGGAAUUAUGGGAUCCAGUGAAGUUGGGGUGGAGCUGCCUUUCCAGCUUAUGCACCCGAAGCCUGACACAGCGAAAGAAAGUGAACAGGAAGAAGAAGUGGUUUUCGAGGAGUUUAAGCGCACCAACUUGAAGGGCAUGGCUGAGGAUGAGGAUGAGGGGAACGUAUCACCUGGCGAACACUGA